AUACAUUUUAAAUAGAAGAGGUAGAUUUAUUUUUUGCAAAAUAAAAUUCACUUGUAUUCUCAAGAUCAGCAUUGAAAGUGUAUGAAAAUUAAAGCCUAUUUUCUCAAUUAUGUUGGCUAUUGGAUUAUUGUCGGUUCUUUUAACAAUGAUAUCAUGUAUAAUUCAUUUGGAUUUUUUCGGCAUAUUCCCAACCAAGUCUAAUUACUCAUCCGUUGAACAGUUUAGAUUCAGUGAUUAUGAUAUCUGGGUUCCUAAACCAGGUACAGAAACACCAAUUAUUAAGCCUUGGCAAUCUUAUAAUCAAGAUAAUAUUAUAUCAAUUGGAAAAGCAUCACGCAAUAAGCCUAUUUAUGACUACGUCUACAAGGGAUGUACAAUUAUAAACUUGACAUGUAUUGAACCAAAUAGAAAAUCAUCUUUAUACGAUGAUUAUGAACAUACUGAGAUUGAGGAUAUUUCAGACUAUAAUGAUGUUACUUAUGAUGAUUUAGAUAUAAAUGUCCAAGAUAUUUCAGACGAUUAUUACUAGUUUUUUUAUAAAUAAAAUUGUUUUUUGGAUAUACCAGAGUAUUUAUAUUUAUAUGUGCUGACGAUAAAGGUCCAUUUAACUUAAGCUAAAAUAAUCGAAGCCUUAAAAAAUUAAUUAAAAAUAUAAUAAAACAUUUACUUAAGAUGAAAUAUAUUUAAUGGAAUAAUAAAAAUGAGAAUGCCAUGAAUACAAAUAUAAAUGUAUAGUUUCACUAAUACGAGUAGUUUAACUUACAUUAGGUCAUAUAUAUAGUUAAAUAAAAUUCAUAUCCAAUUAAGAGUUUAUCAUUAAACAGUAUACCUCAGUCUAUAUUUUUUUAUUGUAAUAGU